AUGUUUGUAUCCUUGGCGAUUGCAUUCAUUUUGAUUUCGAUAUUCAACUCGACAUUUUUAUGUCUCUCCGCACAGAUCGACAAACCCCUCAAUAUCCCAGAGAGACCUAAAGACAAAGGUGCCCCCAAGCCAAAGGAAUUCUUCCGUAACGUUAUGGGCUCCACGGCUGGCGCCGGAAGUGGCGAGUUCCAUGUGUUCCGAGCAACGAGGAGACAUGAAUAUGCGAGGUCUGCCUACUACGACGCACAGCAGAAGAAGGACGAAAAAGACACAGCCUUCGCCGAAAAACGAAUGAGAGAAGAAGAUGAACUACAAAAGGCGGCAGAAAAGCGGCGCGCCAAAAGACAGAAGAAGAAAGCGAAGAAAAAUUCAAACAACGCAGAGGAUACAGAACCGGAGAUCAAGAAGAUGAUGGCGCGCCCUGCUGAUCUGGAUGCAGACGACGAACCGAAAGCAUCAGAAACUUCCGCAGAUAAAAAGACGCUGUCGAAUACAGAAGCGAAAGAAGCAACUACUGCUGAUAGGUCGGAAAGUGCCGUGUGAAAGCCUGAGAAAAUGGCGAGGGUGAAUAUAGUCGUAGGUAUCGCAAAUGUGACAUAGCAUCUCUUGAGACAGCCGGAAUGGGUCAGGGUGGAAUAGAUUCCUGGUGAGAUAGGAGGACUGGGUAGUUGAAAUAGAAGAAAAGGCUGCAGCAUCGCAACUAGUACGUGAGUAUCAAGCGUUGCAGGUGAUUAUUGGAAAGUGGAAGAUGGUAGUGGUGAGAGGUUGGAAUCAGACACUGUACAUCAACGGUGGUGAACUCGAAUAGAAAUUUCAAGUGGGUUUUUAUUUUGGCGAUUCAAAUCAGCAUGGAAUCACGGAUCCGCGACUAUUUCUAGUGUUAAAAUGUUGCAUAUUGACCAAAAUGCAUGAGUGAAGGGGCUUUAAACAUGAGUGAUCAUCAAGAUACAGAUAUGCAAUGUCUAUAAGGGGUAGAACAGCUGAGAUUGACACCAUUAUAUUGGAGGUUUAAACCUGUUGAGCACUUCAGUCAUGUAUUGAUUCUCCGUUGACAUCCGAGUUGUGAAUAUGUCACCUCAGUGACACUUUACUUACAACAACUGAGAGACGCCUUUUAGAAUUAACGUCGAAUUGAACCGCUUUAUGCUGGAUCGAUUGAGAAUGCACAACCGUUUAGUGAGGGAUCGAUGCAAGUGUAUGGGCGUGUGGAGUAGAUAUUUAAAAUAUCAUCUAUCUUAAGGAUGCAGAAAGAACCACCGCACUAUACCAACAAUAGAUGUCGACAGACGAAGAAGAUCUCGAAAACAAGGAGCCAACAAUAUCUAUGUCACACGGGACCCUUAGUCUCUAGUAAUAUGCGAGCUGACUCCCAAAGUAUGACUUUGAAGUUUGAUUAUUUAUGUCGCCAGAGUUCAAAAUAGUAGUCAUCAGUGUGUGUCAUCAGUGUGUGUGACCAAAUAGUAAGCGUUAUAGUAUGUAUCAUGAGCAUACAAUAUCAAUUAAAAAGUAUGAUUUUCUGGA